CCCCCAAGUGUUGUUUGCCAUUUCUGAAUCACUUGCUACACUAAUGGCAUCCGAUAAAUCUCAAAGAACACAAUCGGUGGCCGUCAUCUUCGGUGUCACUGGGCUUGUGGGCAAAGAACUUGCCAAGAGAUUGAUCUCCAAAUCUGAAUGGAAGGUCUACGGCGUGGCUCGCCGGCCGGAGAUUGCAUCCAUUCAGAGUUGCAAUUACCGCUUCAUCUCUUGCGAUCUACUGAAUCCCUCGGACACCCAACAGAGGAUGUCGAGUUUGAGGAAUGUGACUCAUGUGUUUUGGGUCACUUGGGCUACUCAGUUCCCAUUGGACAGCCCAGAAUGCUGUGAUCAGAACAAGGCCAUGAUGCGCAAUGCCUUGGAUGCAAUCCUCCCCAAUUCACCCUCACUCAAGCACUUCUCGCUUCAGACGGGGAUGAAGCAUUACGUGUCCCUUCAAAACCCACUCGAUGGACAACAAGUUUGUUACUACAAUGAGGACUGCCCAAGGGCGAGCGACGCGUACAAUUUCUAUCACCAUUUAGAAGAUUUGCUCAAGGAGAAGUUGGCCAGCAAGGCCGGUUGGUCCGUGCACCGGCCCGGUCUAUUGAUUGGCAGUUCCAGAAGGACCUGUUAUAAUAUCAUGGGAUGUUUGGGUGUGUACAGCUCUAUUUGUAAGCACCUUGAGCUACCCUUUGUUUUUGGAGGGACAAGAGAGUGUUGGGAAGAGGUCUUCAUUGAUGGCUGUGAUGCUGGUCUGGCAGCUGAACAGCACAUAUGGGCAGCCACAAGUGAAAGCGUUUCUUUUGCCAAUGGUCAGGCGUUUAAUUCCAUUAACGGGCCAAGCUUCACAUGGAAAGAGGUCUGGCCUGCUCUCGGCGAGAAGUUCGGAGUGCGGGUUCCUGAGGACAUGUUCUUGGAGGAUCAGUGGUUCUCCAAAGUCAUGGCCGAUAAGAAAGGGGUGUGGAGGGCCAUCGUGGAGAAAGAAGGGCUGGUGCAAACGGAAAUGGAGGAUUUGGCAAAUUGGGAUUUCCUGGACAUCGCGUUCCGGUGCCCGGUUAAAAUGCUCGGGACACGGGACAAAGUCGACCGGCUUGGAUUCACCAUGCAGUGCAAAACAUUGGAUUCAAUGUUGAAUUCCGUUGAUUGCAUGAGGCAAGAAAAGCUGAUCCCUUAG